AGCUUCGUACAUAAGCCUCCCCAAAUUUCACAAUUUCAAAUCCCAUAAACCCUUCGUACGAAUUCCAUACAUUAUGUUCGCUAAUCACGAAAGCCAGCCGUUCAUUCGCGGCAGCUCGUCGGCUGGAGCGGCGGCUCACGGCGGCGGAUUGGAAGAAGAUGCGGCGGCUUCUCCGACCGGGUGCGGCUGUUCGGCGCUGUUCUGCGGACAGCCGUGGUGCCGGAGACAGGCGGCGCAGACGACUGGGGAGCCGCCGCAGCUUUUGGGGAGGAAAAAGUGGAAUGAUUUGUUGAGGAAAGUGGGGAGAGCUUUCCCUCUUAAGAUGAAGCGUGAUCAGAAGGGACAGUUCAUAUACGACGCGCGCAGCUAUGCUCUCAAUUUCGAUAACGGCGCGGCGGCGGGCGACGAGGGGCUUUUGCGUAAUUUCUCGUCCAGGUAUGCUGCCCCUCCGGCCGGUCAACGAUGGGAGGCGGGAAUGUGAUAAGGGCAUAUUUGUCAAUACGACUCGGGAUGCUUCGUGAUUCUUUCUUUUUCGAAAAAAUCUUUGUAAUCGAUAGUUGGAGGAUUGAUUAAUUUAUCCGUUCACUGAUUAUUAGUGACACAAUCUAUAGCGUGAUUAAUAUAUUAAUCCAUGUGACCAUGUCAAUUUUUUAUGGAACAAAGGUAAAUAUUCUAUCAAGUGAAUAUCACUGUUUAUUACAUACGUAGUAUACAUAUAUUUGUUGUUCAAUUAUAUUGUGGGUUUUUUAUAGUGAAAUUGUAGGUUUUCUAUAUCGGUUAGAAGUAUAUAGAUUAACAUAAUCAAAUUAAAUUUUCACUUGUUCACUGUAUAAUUAUAGAUUUUUGUUAUUCAUUUGUGGUGACAAAAUUUUAGUCGAGUCCAUGUAAUAAUUUAUUAUUUAUUAAAUUCAGCAUAUGGUUAAUUAGUGACUUUACAUUUAAAAAAAGUCGCAUACUACGU